GUUUGUUGCAGCUGUCCCUGGAUUGGCUAUUCCAGUAUGCACUUGCGUGUCUGUAGAUAGGUUUCAUAUUUCUUUUACGUGCGCAUUGAAUGAUUAGGCUACGAUUUGUUAUUUUCCUCCUAUUACCAUCACUUAUUUCUCACUUUAUCUAGUCAGGAUAAGCUUAACCUUCCCUACGAGCGACACUUCAAGACUGAUGUGGCAGCUUGUUCUGAUCCGUGUUUAGCUGCUGUUGCUCCACUGACAGUCUGCUUGACAAUAUAGGACACAUCUUUCCGUUUUCCCACCUCAGAUGGACAGAAGCGCACUACCGGCAGCAGAGUACCGGACUCCUGGAACUCAGGGCACAUGCGUUAUAACCCGGAGGACGCGGCGAAAGUGAAGCGAAACAUGUGGAGAGGAAUGUUCAAAUGGAUACAAGUUUUAUUCACGCAGCGGAUAUUAGAAACACACUGAUUCACUGUAUGUGCUACUAUUUUGUAAGGAUAUCAAACUGCUGCCGUAGACACCCUACAGCCAGACUUAAUCUCAUCGUCGCUGUUGCAUGUUUUGUAUACUUCGUUUUUGCGCUUCACCGAGUACACUCAGUGUACACCCCGGACGGCAGGCUCGACCAGUACCAACGAUACCGGACCGGGAGAGGUGUAUACUCUGUGCUUCACGAUGACCCGCUCGCAGCACCCGAACCUCCAACAGGACAAAACACAGGAGUCUUGCCUGACUCGGAGUCACACCCAACGAGAUCCAACGUAGUCUACAUAACGUUGAGAACAAAACGCCUGAAGCCGGCUAUUAUAAGGGGUACAGUGCGACCCAAAGUAAGAAGAAAAGGUGGCAAAAGAGUGAAGUAUUGGGAACAGAAUGGACUGGAAACCACAAUUGACAAAGCGGGACAGGUCGAAAGGGGAGAAAAGCGUGAUGAUGAUAACGACGCGGCUUGGAGCCAAAUUGGAAACAUUGGAUUUAACAGUAAACUAAUUCACAAGUUGAAUACAGUGGAUAUUGUAAGUUCUAUUAGGAUUUAUAGCGAAAAGGCACCGCCUUGGUUAACCAAAAAUGACAUUGAUGCUAUGCGCUUUCUCGCUGGGAGUGCAAUUACGCGCAUCGGAAAAGUGCAAUUGCCAGAAUCACAGCCUUUGUUGCUUUUCGAAAGCACAGCUGAGGGGUCCCCCGAUGAUCAGGAAUGCCGGGGUCGUUGUGGUGUCAUCAAACGAAGUAUUGACAUGUGUGAAGUAUUCGCUUUUCAUCUGGACAGGGUCUUGAAUCUCAACAUGAGCUUGCCAGCAGUUGGCAGGCGAUUUCAGUACCUUGAAGAAGACCGGCCCUGCCCCGUUGUGCUGUGGGACCCCUCCCUCAGCACUGUGGGGAACUCCAGCCAGCCGCCCCCCCGUCUGACCUGGGGCUCCUACCAGCGCCUCCUCAAGCACCGCUGCUGGCUCAAGGGGGUCCCCCCAAAACCGGAGUGGGGGUGCACCGACAUACACCACUAUGAGUGGAGCAAACUGGCCCUCUUUGACUUCCUGCUGCAGGUGGACGGCCGCCUGGACAGGGGCUGCUGUGGGUUCAGACCCCGGCCUGAGGAUUCAUGUGUGCAGCUGGGACACCACCAGAAAUGUGCCGACUCCGACGGGGUUGAACUGGCCCACAUUGUCCACCGCAAGCACGACCGCAGGCACAUGGUGUUCGUUAACAACAAGGGCUUCUUUGACCGAGACGUAGACAACCUGGACUUCAGGCUGCUUGUGGGAAUCAAGGAGUUCCCAGACCAGGCGGUGUCCGUGUUGAGAGGACACCGUUUGAGAGAGAGGCUGCUGCAGUCCCUGUUCCUGGAUCAGGUGUACUGGGAGAGUCAGGGUGGCCGGCAGGGCAUCGACAAACUCAUUGACGUGAUUGAGAGGCGCGCCAACAUUCUGCUCACCUACAUCAACGCACAUGGGAUUAAAGUCAUCCCAAUGAAGUAACAAGGACCACAAAUAUGCACGAGUACACACACACGCACACACACACACACACAUACGGUCAUAGCCAUAUUCUCUCUCAGUUUUUAACAUACAGUAGUGGUAUCUGUAGAAAACACACCUAUACGUUUUGCCUUUCAGCAUGUCUGCAUAUUCUGUCUGGAUAUCUGCCAAUUUAGUUUGCCUCAGCUGAGCUCCAGAUCAUUUUAUACAGCUUUUUCCUCCAGCCCAUAUCAUACGACCAUGUCUCUGUGUUUAACCAUGUGUUUGUGUAUAACCAUUACCCACCACAUCUGCCCAGCAUGCCCCCUCCCUGCUAAUUCAUACUCAUGAAGAGCCUCUCUUUGGCAUUUCAGUCACAUUUUCUCAUAUGUACCCACACUCUCUCACACACACACACACACACACACAGUCACACACACACACACACAGUCAUAUCUUCUCAUAUGUACCACCACAAUAUUAUUUAUACUGUUCACCAUGUUAUUCAUAAACCAAGACACUUUAUAUGACAAUUUUCCACUUUUCUACAGAAAUCACAUAACAUAAUAGCUUCCACUGGUAUCAUUAUGUUGUCAAUGUAACAUUUAUGCUGUUUUACAGAGUUCUGGUAAAUCACAUAUUUCAGAGCAUCAUGUCAUUAGAAGUGUUUGAUUUGUCAAGUCACACAGCUUCAGUGGAACAAAAAACCCUUUAUAGAUGCACCACCCAAAGAUUAAUUAAUCAGAUACAUAAUUAUGGCAUUUACACAGUCCUUGCAUUUUCUAAAAGCGGUCGUGAAAGUAUGUUUUAUUUAUUUAUUUGUGUACAGAUGGGCCCUUUGAGUUUGUAGAGCACAGGGGUGUCUGUGCUCCUAUCUUAAUAAACCCAUGUAUGACUGAAAGCACUCACUGCUAGCCCAUGUCUCUGUGUCAUGUGACACCACCAUGGUUGAUUUGAACUGUGAUCAUAAGUUUAGUUGAAGUGUCCCUUUGAGUUCUGAGCCACGGAUAGCUUGUAUCCCAUUCUGGCGAUGCCAGCCUCUUAUGAACAUCAUCAGUUGUACAUGGUGUUUUGCUAUUGUUUGACUUAAAAUAUCAGUUUCAAUGUUUUUGUCAUAAGUAUAGUAUUGCAAAUCAAAAUAAAAAUUUGUGUACAAUGA